AAACAAAACAAUGCGCAGCACACAACUGCGCAAGUUACAAUUAUCAAUAAAAAAAAAUAUCAAAACAUAGCAACCCCAAUUCUGUAGUUUACUAAUAAAUAUAUUGUAUAUUUUUAUAUAAAAGUAUUUAAAAUGAUAAGAAUUUAAAUGAAUAAAUUUAUCUUGUUAGUAGUUAAUUAAAUCUUUGUAUAUAAACAACAAUGGCGGAUUCGUUAGCGAAAUACGGAUUAUUUGUUGACGAUUUAUGUAAAAUCCGUAUUUUAGAACCCGAAAUUACAACUCAGAGUGACAAAUUAAAAGACGAAUGUCACGAUUUCGUAAGCAAAAUAACAGAAUUCAAAAAAAAUUCCGAGCGGUUCAUAAAUCUGCUGGACAAAUUAGCAACGGAAGUUGAGAAAGAAAAAAUGCGUACCAUUGGCGCCAGAAAUUUAUUGAGUUCCGUUGAGAAACAACGUGACGUACAAAAACAAAAGAUCCAGGCGAUGAUAAUUGAAAAAACAAUGGAACUAGAAAGACUGAGAGUACAGUACGACUCAUUGAAAAAAAUCGAACUCGAACAACUCGAAACAAUUGAACAUUUAACUAUCAAUUAA